AAUAGAAAAAUGGCUGCUUCCAUAAAGAUGAUAGUUAUGAUACGAGAAAAUUGAUAUAAUAAGAUAUAUGAGAUAUAAAGAAAAGCGCCUGUUUAAAUAUGUCAGAACCAGUCAAAAAGAAAAGAAUAAGGUCAUCAGAUUUAUUGAAAAGUUCAAGGUGUGUUGGAGAAUCCAAAUAUGACUUUUCCAAAAUAAUACAACUAAAAGGAGCUGCUGGCAGGGAUGUUUCAAAGAAAGGAAGACCUGAAGGUAUUACAUCAACUUCAAUAUCUUCACAAGAAACCUCCAGCACAAGCACAAUUCCUGUAGAUGCAACAUUCCCAACUACCAACAUGACAAGCACAAUUGCACAUGAACAAGAUAUAGAACUUAUGCAGACUGAAGAAAUUAUAGGAAAUGAAGAUCAGAACAGUAUUUGUUUUCUCUCACAAGAAGAAACAUACCGUAACUUGUUGAAAGAACACAAUAGCAUUUAUUGUGUAGAUGAUUUGUUCAAGACAUUUGUUCUGAAAGAGUUUGACAAUCAAAGAUUACGACUGAAGACAUCACAAUUUUUAUUUGUUUCAAGACGAGCCAUGUCAUUCAUGGGCGAUUUUCAUUUUGUUUAUACCUGUUCUUGUGAUACAGCUGCAAGUGACUUGAUCCACUGUUGUGGUGCGCAGAUGGAUGUCCCUUUUGAUGAGUUUAAAACAAGGAUUCCAGGUUGUAUACACACAAAUGUAGUUGCUGCAUUGCUGGAGCAAUUUGAUGCCCAGAAUAUGAUAGAUCCUUCCAACUUUGAUGAAACAGAUGAUUAUACAGACACCAAUGUAACAGAUGGGAAUCAAGCUGCAGAAGAAGAAAUAGUUGAAAUGGAAGAUGGUCUAUUUCUUAUCAAAUCACCAAAAGGUAUGGGAAUUGUUGAUGGGACUAAAUGUAUCACUUGCAAUGCUAAUGUUGUGAAAUGUAUUCAUCUGACCAUUUUCUUGAACACUCAUCAUGCUCAUGGAGAACAAGAAAAGCAAAGUAGAAUUGGAAAAACUUACAAACAAAGAUGUUAUUCAAUGGCCCGCAUACCUUUCCAUUCUACUGUAACAAUGCAAGAAACAUACAAGAAAGCUCUGGCAGAUAGAUUUUCUUUUGAAAAUGAUAUUAUUAAGUUAAAACCAGAAGCAGAAGUUUGUGACAGUUGUGGUUCCCAUCUUGUAGAGAAUGAACAAACCAGUAGAGCUAGCCUGUUUGUAAUGAACCAGAUCUUUGAUGCAAUUGGUAAGCUUAAUGCAUAA